UUUUUAAAAUUAAUUAUUUAUGUGGAAACUUCAGUACACAGGUCCCACUCGCUCAUAACAAGUUUUAUAUUUACUAGAUGCAAAUUGUCUAAUUUUUUUAUAAACACUGUUAUAUUUCAAAUUCCAGGUGAUAUAAUACUAGUCACCGCUUGGAUGUGGCUUCUACCUUUAGUUGUGCAGGCUGGGGUCACAAGGCGGAAAAGAGAGGACGAUGACACUUCUAAUCCUUGCAUAUCAUAUAAGCUAGAUUCUCUCAUAUAUGUAGACUGUACUAAUAGAGAUUUGACAGAAUUACCUAACAGUAUCAAUGAAAACGUUCAAGUACUGCUUUUAUCAAACAACGACUUCAUAUCGUUCCCACCGCAAUUGGAACAAUACACGCAGUUAGAGAUACUAGAUUUCUCAGCGAAUCAUUUAAGUGGUACACUGCCGAGUUUCAUGAACCGUCUUGAUAAACUGCACACACUCAAUCUGUCCAAUAAUAACUAUGACGUUUGGAUGAACUCUGAAACCAGUGUGAGAAAAUUAGACCUAUCUAAGAACAAAAUCAACAACAUAGAAGAAGGAGCAUUUAGCAAAAUGUCAGAACUUCGAUACCUCGAUCUGUCUGAAAACAGAAUCCACGAUUUACCACUCACGAUAUUCCAAUCGACAAACAACUUGGAAACUCUAAUGUUGUCCAGAAAUUACUUCUCCGUUAUACCAAGAUUCCAAUCUCAUUCACUGAAAAGUUUACAUUUGAAUAAUUGCCAAAUUGCCGAAAUACAAGAAAAUUCUAUAAGCGAAAUGGUUUCUUUACUCGAACUGUUUUUGUCUAUGAAUGAGAUAGAAACAAUACCAGACAACUUUGCCUCGAAUACGCUACAAGAAUUAGAUUUGAGUUUCAAUGAUAUUGGUACAAUUAAUGACUAUUCUUUCUCAUCAUUACCGCAUCUAGCGGUACUGGACCUGAGGGGAAAUAAUUUUAAAGAAAUUUGGUCGACCUCACAUUUCGCCUCAAACCCGUUUUUGAGGGAAGUCCGAGUGAAGGGUAAUCGAUGGAGUUGCGAAGGAUUCCACUUGAAUCUGUUGUUGACUUACGAAUUUUUAACCAAAGAACCACCAAAAGUGACUGACACGGGUUCUCUGAUAUGUUAUUCGCCGUCGAAUGUGACACAAAUGAGUUGGCAGCAAGCAUACAUUCGUACAUGGCAUCCCAACGAACAAGUAAUCGUGUCAUACACCUCAUUGGCAGUAUUUAUAGGUGUUAUUAUAGGAGUGAUUAUAACGUCUUGCAUUUGUCGUACUAUUAUUCCAUUGAGUGCACCUGAGCCUUCACAGCAAACUACGGUCGUAAACGUCAAUGGAUCAACGUCGCAGCCAACAGCUGAGACUGUCCUUUUGCGUGUUCCUUUGCGUGAUGAAGAUCUGCCUCCGAGUUACGAUGAGGCAUUGCUGAUGCCUCGACUGAAUGCAUCUUUCCACUCGCUUCCUGACUUCGUCGAAGAAGAAGAAGAAGAAGAUCGGCGUCGCUACCGUAGAUCAAGGUCUAUUGGUGAUCUGACCGAGUAUAGACCGAGGACACACGACAGACGCUCCACCAGACGAACGUUACAAAUUAAUGCAAACAACAAUGACAAUGAAUUUUAAUAAAAGAUUUCUUGUUUAUAAUUGUACUGGUAUAGUUGGUAACUUAGUGUUAGUUUUUGUAAUUUAAUGAUAUUAUAUAAUUUAAUAAAAUAGUUUUAAGGCAUAGUGUUAGUUUUGGUGAGCUUACAGGUGCAUCACCUUUUUUUUUUAUUUAUAUCCAUUGAUAAACCCCAAAGUGUAAGCAUUAUGUAACGUCCCUCUGCGGCUGCGAAUAUAUAAAAAUAUGUAAUUUGAUCAAUUCAACAACACAGUUAAAUAUUUUAUGGUUGCUAACGCCAUCUUUUUCUGUUACAAUUA